UAAGUGUUCUUGAGUAGUUGUGUUUGAAUAUUUUGAAUAGUUUUUCUUUGUUCUUUGUGUUUUGUGUUCUUUUUUGCUUCUGACCCAUCUGAUGCAUCUACUUCCUAAAACGUUCAUCUAUAUUAAAAUUUUACACUUUUAUAGAAAAAAAACCGAAAAUGUGUAAAAUUAUAUCAAACGAAAAAAUCUUUAGGCUGAAGUAAAAAAGAUUAAACUUUAGUUUUAUAUUCCUAAGAUUUACUGGAAGGUAUAAAAUUGGACCUUGUGUAUAAAACCCGCUCGACUAAUACGCGAUUACCUAUUCAUCUCAGGACUAGUCGUGCAUACAUUAUUUUUGUUCAACAAUAUUUUACGUGUUUUUUAAACGUCUCCCAUUACCCGAAUACGGUCUUAGCUAUGCCGAGACAAAAAAGAAGUAAAAAACGCCGUGAUGUGCCUGUUUAAAGGAUUUAAUAGUGGUGGUUUAUGAGUAAUAUUAAAAUGUUUUACUUCUUUGGUGAAGUGGAACUAAUAUUACAAGAACAAAAUUUGCAUCCUUGCCAUGUGUGCGGUAGGACCUUCUUGCCCAACUCGCUCAAGAAACACGAGAAGAUUUGUGAAAAAAAUGCCAUUAAAAGACGAAAGCCAUUCGAUUCGUUAAAACAGCGGGUAUCGGGGACAGAUUUAGCGGACUUUCAUCAAACGAUUUAUUUGAAAAAAAGAGAGGAGCCCGUCAUAGAAAAGAAACCAAGACAAAGCAAAUGGAAAGAGAAACAUCUGGAGCUUGUCACUGCGAUACGAGCAGCAAAAGGUAUGCCAGAAGAUAUUCCCAAGUCGCCUAGUCCCAAACCUCGUAGUACCACGUCCCUGCUGACGUCCACAACGUCCAACGAACGAUGUCCAUCGUGCGAGCGGCAUUUUGGUCCGAAGGCUUUCGAUCGUCACGUAGAAUGGUGUAAGGAGAGGAGAGCUAGAAUUCAACAGUCUCCCGCUAGUGUACAACAGGCCAAAGAACGAUUGGAGGCUAGAAUAAAGUAUAGGGUUCCACCACUGAACAAAUCAAAACGUACCACAGUUCGAGAUAAAUACUCACCUAACAGUCCUCAACCAGACUCCAGCCCUAAAGUGGCUAAUUCUACGUCUAAUUUGAUCAGUUCGCUUUCGAGGGGACCUAGUAUAAGAAAACCGAAAAGCCUUCAUAAUGUCGAAAAAUACAUCCACGAGCCGAGGACUCGACCGAAUAAAAUUGAGCUGGAUAAAUGUGGAGGUGAUAGAAAGUCCAAUAAAACAGAACCUGAGAGAAAAACCACUUCGCCAGGAAUACCUGUCAUCGGUAGUCCCUCUUCGAAAUCGGAUUCUGUCAAAAGUAUAUCAAACAAAAGAAACCUAAUACCUCGAAAAAAACUCAAUACUGUUAAUGUAAAUCUACAAGUGUGUAGUAUGGUUGUGUCUUCGAUAAAUUGCCUCAAUGCUAACAAACGUAUGGUGACAUGGAAAGAUACCGUUAGUCCUGGUUCUAAAACCACCUCGAUAGAUGGUGAUCGAAAUUUCGAGUGUAUCGACGAUAGACAAAUGUAUUUAGGAGAAAAUAACAUAUUUAAAGCUUUAGAAUCUGAUUUGGAAGAGAAAACACAAAUUGUCCCUAAGAUUAAAAAGAGACUAAUGCCAAAGAAAGUUCCUUUGGACGAAGCAGUAUCAAAGAGCCAGACGUCGACGGACAAAAACUCUACGGAGAGUGUGGAAAAGAUUGUUUCUUCAAACGAUGUAUUGCACAGAAAUAAGAAAUCUAAAAUCCCUACUACUAAAUUAUUUAGGACAAUCUCAGAUCUCCUGAAGAAAUACAAAAAAACAGAGAGAGUAGAGCAGAAAGCUCUACAACAAAACGUAAUAACAGAUAGCGAAGAAACAAAAAUUAUUCAAAAUGUUGCCACCCAUGAUAACACGUACUCUAUUGAAGAUACUGAUUUAGAUGAUGUUACUGCUGAUAUCACCUCUGCUUUUGAACAUAUUGAAAGAAAAAACAAUAUUAAAAACGAUGAAGUUUCUACUGUUCAUAGAUCAUGCAGCGAAAAUUAUGUUGUAAACAAAGUAGAUGAUGAAUUUAAUGAUUUUAGACACGAUAAGAUAAGCAAGAGUGAAGAUCCCGAUCGGUACCACAAUCUUAACAUAGUGGAUAUUGCAGGAGUUAAUGAUAGUUAUAAAAAUAUGGACGAUUGGUUUGAGAAAGAAUUUAACACAAAUGAUAACGAUUUAGGUGACGCUAAUAUGACUGCAAUAGGAAACGAUAAUACCAAUCGCGUGCGAUCAGUUGAUGAUGAAUUUAGGGAAGAUGAGAUGAUAAGUGAUUGUAAAGAUCAUGGCCAAUGCCUCAAUAAUACCGUAGCUGACGUCGAAGAAGAAGUUAUUAGCAGCAAUAAAGAUAAGGAUGAUUCGCUUAAGAGAGAAUUUAAUACCAAUAAUAACUUAGAUAUAAUUAAUUUAGUUGAAGCUGAUGCGACCGAAAAUAGAAACAGUAAUAUCAGUUGUAUUUUAUCUAAACCAAAAGUAAAGUCAAGUCAAAAAGGAGAUGAAGAAAUACCGAUUAAAAAUAAUUUAAUAGAUGAAAACGAUGAAGAUCCUUUUGUCGCUGCUAAUUCAGAUCACUACAAUAAUGUAGUUUGCUUAUUUCAAUCUAGUACUAAACUAGACCUUACCGGAAAUGACAGUCUAAAUGAUUUAACCGACAAAAAGUCUUGGAGAUCAAGUAGUACUAUUGAUUUCGAAAAAGAACCUAGCCAACAGAUAUUCCAAAAUACUUCCAGUCAUCAUUUAUUUUAUACCAGAAGCUCUAAUUUUUCCUUAAAGAAGAGUCUUUCUGAUAUAGAUGUUCUCAAAGACAAGGACUCUUUAAAAAAUCACGUGGUCUCGAUAUUUAAAAAUAAAUACAAAUUAUGCGAGUCAGAAAGUACAGAUUUGAGAAAGACCUUUCAGGAUAUUCGGAGUAUUUGUUCAGUUCCAGCUAUGCAUGUAAGCAAAUAUAGUUGUAAAGACCAAAUCCAAGAAUGCAUAGGGAAAGAAGUACAGGGUUGUACAGAAAAGAACGAUGGAAACCAUGUUAACUGGGAUAAUAUAAAAAGUAAAGAAAGACUUGAGAUUUUGAGAAUAGCGGCGGAGAAGUUUAUAGAAGAUAGCAAAAAGAAUAUUACUUCAUCGGGAGAGCCCUAUAAUAUAGAUCAUUUACGAGAUGAGGAUUAUGCUGUUCCUAAAAAGAAACGUAGAAUUUAUCAGGACGACGGAGAUUAUAUUACCUUUAAUAAUUUCGUUCAAAGUAGUGAUGAAAUACCAAUACCUGAAAAAAAUGAAAAGGGUCCUGUAGAAGAUGUAAAUAGUAUUUUUUUACCAAAAAAUGAAGAGAGGUUAUCAACGGCUAGUUCAGUGGUUUCCGAUGUAACCCCAAGAACCUUUGCAUUAGUUAAGAAAGUGAUUAUUGGGAGAAAACUCAAGUCCGACGCUGAAGACAUUCUUUUGGCAGUGACUUUGUCGGAAUGCGAAAAAUUACUCGCAACUGACAGACGAUGUUUUGUAAAAAUUGAAAAUCGGCUGAAUGAUAUCGAAAAGAAAGACUUUCAAUUACCAAAAUUAAUUACAAGAGCCAAAGAAGAUAAAGUUAACAGAGGUGUACAAGUAGAAGCGGAUGAAGUCUUAGAAUUGCCAAAAAUUUACUCGAAAAUGAGAGUAGUAAAAACUGCAGUUGGAGAAAACGAUUGUAACGGCUCGAACUACGAUCCAUUCGAAAUGGCCCAGCGCCAAUUCAUGGAACUGCUCGAGUGCGACGACUUCAAACCCUCCACACCAUCGACGCCUUCGGACGCACCCGCCAACACUCCCCGACCACACACCACACCCCACAACACAAGGUCGUCACCCUCACCUGUCAAGAAAACCGUCAAAUCUGCCGAACCCGUGAAGAAAUCGACACGCGAAUCGGUCAUAGAUCCGCCCUUCAACUUCAAAGACUCUCUGGACUCUGUAAACGACGACUUCGAGCUGAUCGAGAACAUGAUUAACGAACAUUUCGGAAACGCGACUAACGAGAACGACACCGGCGGAGGAUUUUACUUGCACAAUCUCAAAAACAACGCGGACAGUACUACUUUAAUGCUGGAUCAAAUUCUCGACAAUCGGAAAUACAGCGAUGACAUGUCGUCUUCGAUCGAUCCGAGUUUGAUCAACGAAAACGACAAUCUCUCGAUUCCAGACAAUUUAAAGAUAGAGGAUUAUUCGCCCACAUCUACCGUCGAUACGGACGUAACACUACAGGACAACAACGUGGACGUGUACAGCGCGAAAUACGAUAAGAAAAUCGAGGCCUUGGAGCCGAAGGUUCAAAAAAAACCUUUGGUCAAAAGGUCGUUGAGUCUAGUCAAUAGGACGAAGCGGGAAGCUAGUCUGAUUAAUCCUAAACCGGUCCAUUCUAGUAGUAAUAAGAGUAAUAAAAUUAGUUCGGUCUCGGGGAAAGCUUUACUCUCUAAAACUUCGAAAAAUAUCUCUUCUAGUCCCGUGAAGCCAGAGAAAAAAGAAAAAACUAAAGGUUUGCCGUUGCUGAAAAGAUCCUUGACUGUGUAUGAGCCCUCUCCUAAACCGUCGUUCAAAAACAAGAAAGAGGUUAACGAUUAUUUUAAUGGGAACGAUCAAAAAGUGAUGUCGACCAGUUUGACUUCAAGCAUGAUUAGUACAAUGACGUAUAAUAUAAUCGAAAAACCGAAGUCUCCUGCAAAUGACACAUUAAAAGCCGAAGAAUUGUUCUCUGUUGAUGACGAGAUGUACGAAGAGUACAAGAAAUACGAGGAAAUGUACUUAAAAGAAAAAGAACAAAAGGCCAGUUCGAAAAAAGCAACGAAAAAGAAAAAUAUUGAUAUCAAUUACGGACUUCUGGUAGCCAGUGAGGAGGAAGACCACUCUAACGUUUCCACAAACAAAAUAUCGAGCGACUCAGCUUAUGGAAGUCUAAGAAAAACAUCGAAACAGCGAAGCCGAGCUCCGAAAUUGAGCCCCCUAGAGCCGAAAAUGGCCGAGACUCUAAGCUCCAGCGGAUCGGAAAAUGGUUCUCAAUCUCCCGCCACUUUAUCCUCGAAGGUGUCGAAGUUUUGCCACGAAUGCGGAACGAAGUUUCCCGUUUAUACAGCAAAAUUUUGCGUCGAGUGUGGCGUCAAGAGAUUAGUUUUGUGAUAUAUUUCUUCAAGAUAUGUCUUUUUACUCAAUUUAAAUUAUAUAUGAUAUAAACAAGGAUUAUUUUUACAUGACCUAUGGACAUUCAAAAUGUUUUUGAGGUUCGUAUGAUGCCCAUAAAGUGGCAUACAAGUUGUUGCAUAUUGUUAAGAUGAUUAUUAAGCAUGUCAAAGUAAUUCCGUAUCAACUUUUUUAAAUAACUCAUUGAAAACGUUUCCCAUUUUUUUAGAACUUUUUGUCACACCCUGUAUAAAGACCGAAAAAAAACGGCGUCUACUUUUAUCGAUCAUAUAGUAGUGCAGAUAUUAAAAUAUAUAAGUUUCUCUAAUAUCAUAGGUCAUCUAAAAAUCGUCCUUGUUUACUUGUCAAUGGAAGUACAGUAUAGCACAGCUAUGUUUUUCCUCAUGUGCAAUUAAUGCAUAUGCUUAUGCAAACACCCACAAAUUAUUUCUAACGACUUAAAUUUUACAAGCUUUACCGUUUUUUACUCUACUUAUUUUUUUACCUAAUUAUUAACACUAUUUUUACUGACUAAGAAAUUAUUCUAGGAAAUAAAAUUCUUUCUACAGAUACUUAUUUUUUUUGAAAUCUCGUUUUUUCUGUAUUUAUGAAAUACAAAUUGUAUAAAAAUAAUCUGAUAAUCAUAAUAAACAUAGUUAAAUAGAUCAUAAACAUCUUGGAAGUUUUCAACAAUCUCUAUAUAUUUUUUGAAAAAGAACGAUAGAUAAAGAUAUACCGUAUGAUCGAGAAAAAACGGCGUCAGCGAUGGCUAUGGAAUGAAGAUCGCUGUCAUUUUAAAUGUAAAUUUAUAUGGGAAAUGUCAUUGAUGUUCAUUUCCCAGCCAACUGGACGCCGUUUUUUUUCGAUUAUACGGUAUAAAACGUUCGUACUAAAGAUAACUUGAAAUAAAACUCGAAUUUGUGAUCGAUUUAAAUAUGAUUGUUAUGAUUAUAUGGUACAAUUUAGUGUGUUCUGUGGGUACAAUCGUCUACCAAAGUGUAUCUGUUGAAUUAAAAUACAAUAUUUAAAUAAUUUAUAUCUAAAUAAGGUAUCUGAAAAUUUAAUAGCAUAUAUCGAUAAAUUAUUUGUGAUUUUUUUUUCUUUUAUAUACAGACUAGUAAAUAUGUUGAUAACCAUUCCAAAUAUUAUUUACUAUUUGUUUACCUUAAUUUUAUUAACAAGACUGAGAGUUUUGUUAGUGCUUUAACUUGUUUUACAAUAAAUGUAUUUAAAUCAGUAA